UCAUCUUGUGAAAUCUCUCUCCGUUGAUCCACAGCAUCAGCUCCGUUGCUUUCUGUAAGCCUCACUGCCUUUUUCUUUUUUUUUGGCCAAUUUGAGCUGUCUUGUGCAAUUUGCGUUUUAGUUUGAAAACAAAAACAUGAUGUUGCUUCACACGGAUUAAUCUCUCCAAUCAUUUAAAUGGCGCAAGAAGUUGUUAACCCAGAUGAACCGGUUGUUCUUGGGGAAGAAAUAGAGCAUGUGAGAGUGAUCACCUUGAACAGGCCUCGUCAAUUGAAUGUCAUUUCAUCCAAAGUGGUUUCACUGCUUGCAGAGUACCUCGAAAAAUGGGAGAAAGAUGCUGAAGCUGAGCUUAUAUUACUCAAGGGAGCUGGACGGGCUUUCUCAGCUGGUGGUGAUUUGAAAAUGUUCUAUGAUGGAAGGAACUCAAAGGAUUCCUGUCUUGAAGUAGUUUAUAGAAUGUACUGGCUUUGUUUCCACAUUCAUACCUAUAAGAAAACACAGGUUGCUCUAGUUAAUGGAAUUGCAAUGGGGGGAGGUGCAUCUUUGGUGGUCCCAAUGAAGUUAUCGGUCGUAACAGAAAAAACAGUCUUUGCAACUCCAGAAGCAAGUAUUGGGUUUCAUACUGAUUGUGGUUUCUCCUACAUGCUUUCACAUUUACCUGGGCGUUUGGGGGAAUUUUUAGCUCUAACAGGGGCUAGGCUAAAUGGUAAGGAAUUGGUGGCAGCUGGGCUAGCAACACAUUUUGUUCCUUCUGAGAAAUUGCCUGAGCUAGAGAAGCGUCUGAUAAGCUUAAAGACUGGCAACAUAAAUGCAGUCAAAUCUGCAAUCGAGGAAUUCUCUUUGGAUGUGCAGCUUGAUGAAGGAAGCAUCUUAAAUAAGCAGUCCAUUAUUGACGAAUGUUUCUCAAAGGAUACUGUGGCAGACAUUAUAAAAUCAUUUGAAGCUGAGGCAAGCAAAGAAGGUAAUGGGUGGAUUAGUCCUGUGCUGAAAGGGUUAAAAAGAUCAUCGCCAACAGGAUUGAAAACAACUCUGAGAUCAAUUCGUGAAGGGAGGAAGCAAACAUUAGCUGAAUGUCUGAAGAAAGAAUUUAGACUAACAAUGAACAUACUACGAGCAACAAUAUCAUCAGAUGUCUAUGAGGGUAUUAGGGCUCUCACAAUCGACAAAGAUAAUGCUCCAAAGUGGGAUCCACCAAGUGUUGAGAAAGUGGAUAAUGAGAAGGUGGAUCUAGUAUUUCAGCCAUUCCAGGAGGAGUUGGAGCUCCAAAUCCCAGAGCAGGAGCAACACAGGUGGGAUGGAAAGUACGAGCACUCAGCUUAUGCAAAUUGAAGGGCGGUGAUGACACAGCAAUAAAUUCAAGUUUCUGGGAAUAAGUUGCUUGUUUCUAUUGAAAAAUAAAAAGAAAAGAAAACCUGUACGCAUAGAUUUGGAUUGUACUCGGCACUGCUGUUGUGAACUUGUGAGUGUUGCCUUUGUCCAUCUCCAUGCCGAUUUUAUGUUGUAUCAUUUGCCAUGAAAAACAUUAAGUUAGCAUUUGAACCUUAAUCUUUUAUGGUUUUGGCAAUUAAGUCUGUUGAGAUUGCCGCAGUGGAAAGACAGUAGUGAGGCAUAAACCAAGCAAAGAACA